CUGCUAUCGACUGGUGUAUUGGCGCAACAACCAUCGUCGUCGACAUCUAUCUCUCCUAGCUCGGCUAGCACAUCAAAAGUGACCAUCACUCCUACGGCAUCCGAAACCUCGCCUACUUCGACCGGAACUGAGAGUGUCCCCCCAUUGACGAUUGGGAACACAGAUGCAGCGACGGGACCACCUACACUCCUAACCGGUCUUCCAACUCUCACCAAAAUUGGCAUCCCGGAUUAUCCCGCGCCGACCGUUCCUCCUACACAAAAUGCGCCCUUCAUGAAGCACUCGUCGCUCCCCGACGGCACCGUCUUCAUCUGCGUCGGCGCCAUCCUCGGCGCCUUUGGUCUGGCUAUUGUCAUCUGGCGAACCGUCAUCGCCUGUCUCCUCCACCGUUCCGUCGAGCGCGCUGCUAUGGCCCAGAACCUCGGCGACGACAAGGGCUUCCCGUCCCCGCCCAAGUUCUAUAAGUAUUCAGAUCUCAACUCGAACCCCUCGCUCGUCGGCGGUAGCAACACCGGCCUCGCCAGCAACCGCAAGUCGCGCGGCCCGGCGCCCGCCGCCGGUACCCCCAGCCAGAGCCAGCUGUUCUUCUCGCCGACUGCGCAACCGGGAGACCGCAACAGCACCAUGGCCAACAACCGCCACUCGACCUUCCUCCCCUCCGGAUUCUACGCUUCUUCGGCCGCUGCUCCUAUGGGUCACAAUCACGGUAACUCGAUCAGCAUGUCGAACCUCCGCCCCAUGUCAAGACGGCCUAGUGGUGGUAGCAUGAUGGGACAGACGCCGCCCGAGUCGCCGAAUGUUGGACCGGUAAUGGGUACGACGACGAGGACAUCACCGCCCAGAGGUUUUAGCAGUAGCUCGGUCAACCAGUUGAACAGGCCAGAGAGUGGGCGCGCACCGAGCGCGUUCUUGGAUGAUUUGCUGGGCGAUAACCCGCAGGCGUUCCCUCCUCCGGGGGGA